AUGUUUGAUGAAUUCAAGAAGUCUAUGAUGAUGGAGUUUGAAAUGACUGAUUUGGGAUUAAUGCACUAUUUUCUUGGAUUGGAAGUCAUUCAAACCACUGCUUGUAAUUUCAUCUACCAAAAAAAAUAUGCACAAGACAUUCUUAACAGGUUUCAGAUGGAUGACUGCAAGACAUUUGGAACUCCAGCUGAACACGGCUUAAAGCUAUGCAAAGACAAAGGUGGAAAGGAGGUUGACAACAUUUUCUAUAAACAGAUAAUUGGGAGUCUCAUGUAUUUAACAUACACGAGGCCUGGCAUCAUGUAUGCAGUGAGUCUUGUGAGCCGAUAUAUGGAAAAACCAACUGAAAUGCAUCUCAAUGCAGCAAAGAGAAUUCUCAGGGAAGAUGGUUCUGGUUUUGUUGGGUACACAGACAGUGACUAUGCAGGUGAUAUAGAUGAUCGUAAGAGCACUUCCGGUCACACAUUUCUGCUCAACUCUGGUGCAUUGCAAGCUCCUAUCAAGCUAUGUGGCUCAGGAAAAUAUUUGAAGUGCUUGGUGAUGUUCAAAAGGGACCAACAACCAUCUACUACGAUAAAUGUCAACUAUAAAGCUAUCAAGGAAUCUAGUCAAGCACGGGAGAAUGAUGGGAAGAUUGUACUUGAAUAUUGCAAGAGUGGGGAGCAGGUUGUAGACAUCUUAACUAAGCCUUUGAAGCAACCUGCGUUUGAGAAGCUAAGAAGCAUGUUGGGAGUGUGUUAUUUUGAAGCAUUGAACAUGAAGAUGAUUAUGUGA